UUAAGUUACUUAAAACCUGUUUUCGUUCGUUUCUUCGUUCUACGUUCUUCUUAGUAUCAAGUUCUGAAUUGUUAUAGUACCAGAUUAUUAUAAGUGGCUCCCUUUGGAAUAUGAUUUGAAAUAUCCAUGAUAAUCGUAAUGUCAAGAUACCAAUUAUACAAUUUCUUUGAUAAUUAAUCAAUUGUUCAAAGCUAAAUAAUGAAAAAUCAGAAGUAUGUCGUUUGUAGAUUUCAUUACUAGGAGAUUUUUGGUGUAAACAUUGAAUUUUUAAAAUACUUGAGCCUCGAGAAACCUUCGUAAUUCAUAAACUCUAAAUCGUUGCUCUUGCAAUAUUGAAUUACUCUGCUCUCUAUUGAGACAACGUGUUACUUUACUAGCUGCUUUAGAAUCUCUCUGGAUGGAAACCAGUGAGAGAAGUGUGUCGGGUUUGGGUAUCGUGGGAAAUGUGUGUUUAAGUUAAUAUUUUGGAAAUUUUGAAAUUGAAUUGAGCUAUGACAAUGGUUUCAAAAACAGCCAUAGGCAUUGCAGCUGGAAUUUGCGGCACGUUAUUUAUUGGUUACUGCAUAUAUUUUGACAGGAAACGAAGAAGUGAUCCGAACUUCAAGAGAAAAUUGAGAGAAACUAAUGAAGUUUAUGAAUUAAACAACAUUGCAGGAAGAAAAGCCAGAAAGGCAGCCACCAAAAUGUCAGGAACAAAAUUACCUGACCUGAAAGAUCAUGAAGCCGUUCAAAGCUUCUUUUUACGUGAGGUUCAACUGGGAGAAGAGUUGCUUGCUCAAGGAGACUUGGAAGGUGGUGUAGAACAUUUGGGCAAUGCAGUGGCAGUUUGUGGCCAGCCAAACCAGCUUCUGCAGGUUCUGCAACAAACACUUCCUCCACAAGUGUUCCAUCUUUUGCUUCAACGUCUCCCAGUUCUUGGCCAGCGUAUUGUAGCUCAAAAUUCAGCAACAGUAUCUGCAGUGGCUGAUGAAGAAUUAGAAUGAUAAUAUAGAGAACCUUGUAGCAAUUCAAGAAAAGGACACUUGCAGCACAUUGUCAGUCAGGCUCACCUCCUUGGGUGAAAAAGAACACAACUUCCCAUUGUCCACAUUAAAUUCAUGUGUAUUUUUGAAUAUUGUUAUCAUCAGAACAUUAGCACCCUAAUACAUGAGUUGGUCAAGGAAUGACUAGAAAUAUUUUGAUUUAUUUGCUUAUGAAGAGCACAAGUUGAGGCAAGCUGCCAUACUUCUAGUUAUUUCAAGACUUAUUAUAUGAGAAAAUUGUGUGUUAGUGAUCUUGGACUGAAUGUUGUAGUGGAAUAUAAUUUAUUGACCAUGAGACGUGUGCAUACGUGUCUUCUAAAUAUGCUACAGCAUAUUUGUAGAUUACUUGAAGAUCUUGACAGAGCUCUUUGUGUAUUAAAACCACUGUGUUCUGUAAAGUGUAUUUAUCUAAUGGUUGAAACCUUCAUUAUAUCUCCUUUUCCCAACAUCCAAUUGGCGGUGAUUGCCAAGAGGUUUCAGUGGAGCUUUGUAAAACAAGUGUUUCUGCCUUGUGGAAGAGUAAAAAUACAAGUUUAUGAUAAAUUCAAUGCUCAGCUUAAUGUUGCUCUUUGUGCUAUUAAUCUUCUGAAUAUUUGGAACUCUGGUUCUUUAAAAGUUAAUCAAGGGGGGGGGAAGUCAUAGACUUCUCAACAUUUAAGCAGAGUACAUUUAUGAGUCAUGGGUUUAAAUAAUGUACUAAUGUAAUGAGUCAGCAAUGUGAUGUUAUCAAACGUAAUGAAGAAUAAUUACAAAGUAUCUAGCAAUACCGCCUCGCCUAGUGAUCUAUUCUGCCAUUCAUGUCCAGUUCUUGUAACACUGUUGAAGCUACAGAUUUACUGUCAAUUGUCAAUGCAGUGGGACUUUGCUGAAAAAACCUUAUAACUAGAAUUUAUUGAAGUAGAUAUAUUCAGCUUGUAGAAGAUAAUAAAGAUAUUUGUUAUUAAACAUUUCAUGUGUUUUGCUGCAAUUGAUGUAUUUUUUUACUGUAAUGCCUGAAAAAUAGCAAGGAAAGUUUGAGCAAAAUAUUUUUCUGUAGUUUCAAUACAUAACAUUGUAUUGGUAUCAUCGGCAGACUCAAAAUCAUAUUUAAUACUAAAUGGUAAAAAAAU